AUGGAGGAGGUGGAGGAGCAGCUGCGCAAGCAGCUCGAGAAAGCGCUGGAGAUCAAGGACGAGAACCCGCAGCGGUCCAUGGCGGACCUCGAGGCGGUCAUCCACAGCGGGGGGCCCGACCAGAAGCUCACUCCUGAAAUCAUCAAGGUCAAGGAGGGCGCCAUCACGUCGCUUGCGGAGCUGUGCGCGACGACCGGGCAGGCGGACAAGCUGAAGUCGCUCCUGUCGACGCUGCGGCCGCUCUUUGUGGGCCUGCCCAAGGCUAAGACCGCGAAGCUGGUGCGCAUCAUCAUCGACUGCGUCAGCCGCAUCCCCGGGACGCGGGACCUCCAGGUCGACAUCUGCCGCGAGCAGGUGGAGUGGUGCCGCGCGGAGAAGCGCGCGUUCCUGCGCCAGCGCAUCGAGGUUCGUCUGGCGCAACUCUACUUGGAUUCCAAGGAGUUCCAGGCCGCGCUCGCGCUCAUAUCUUCGCUGCUCUCCGAGGUCAAGCGCCUCGACGACAAGCUCCUCCUCGUCGACAUCCACCUCAUCGAGUCCCGCGUCCACCACCUCCUCCGCAACGUCCCGAAAGCGAAGGCCGCGCUCACCGCGGGGCGCACGGCGGCCAAUGCCGUCUACACUCCCCCCCUGCUCCAAGCGGACAUCGACAUGCAGUCCGGCACGCUCCACACGGAAGAGAAGGACUACAAGACGGCCUACUCGUACUUCUUCGAGGCGUUCGAGGCCUUCGCGAGCCUCAAGGAUCCGCGCGCGCAGCGGGCGCUGAAGUACAUGCUGCUGAGCAAAGUGAUGAUGGGGGCGUCCGACGAGGUGCAGAACCUGAUCGCGACCAAGUCGACCGCGAAGCUCGCCGGGCGCGAGCUCGACGCGGUCGCGGAGGUCGCGCGCGCCCACCGCGAGCGCUCGCUGGCGCACUUCGAGAAGGCGCUGGCCGAGUACGCGACGGAGCUCCGCGGGGACCCGCUGGUGUCCGGGCAGACGCAGGAGCUGUACGACAAGCUGCUCGAACAGAACCUGCAGCGCAUCACGGAGCCGUACUCGCGUGUCGAGGUGGCGCACGUCGCGGGGCUGAUCGGGCUGCCCGUGGACCUGGUGGAGGCGCGGCUGGCGCAGAUGAUCCUCGACGGGAAGCUCGUGGGGACGCUGGACGCCGGGUCGGGCUGCUUGGAGCUGUUUGACGCGAGCGGGGAGGACCCCGUGUACACAGACGCCCUGACUGUGUUCUCGUCGCUGGGGAAGGUGGUCGACACGCUGUUCGAGCGGUCGCGGAAGAUCGUCGCGUAG